GCCACUUACACACUUCACUUCAGAGUUGCUCUGUUUUCCUCCAUUUCUCGAUUAGGGUUAGGUUCUACGAGGAAGAAGAAGACGAAGGAGAAGAAAAAUUAAGAAGGGAAUAGGAAAAAUGGGGUUCUCAAUGCAGCCAUACGGGAUUCAGGCUAUGCUGAAAGAAGGGCACAAGCAUCUGUCUGGUCUUGAGGAGGCAGUUCUGAAGAAUAUUGAUGCUUGCAAGGAGCUCUCUGCUAUCACAUGCACUUCUGUAGGUCCUAACGGUACUUGUUUCUCUGUGAUAAUCCAUUUUCUAGAUCAAUAACUGCCUUUUCGAUUCAUUUGAUUUCUCUAAGUUUAGUUUUUCUUGUUCUUGUUUGUUAAGGGUUUAGCGUAAUAUAGUUGAUCUACUGCAAUUUAGGGUUUUGUUUCAUUUUUCGUGUGUGGGUUGCAUGAUGUAUCAGAAGGAGCAGUUCCUAAUUUCUAAUUUUAA